AUGAUUCAACAGCGUUCAUCAGUAUCAAGUUCAAAUUUGACUCAACAACAUCUAUUAUCAUCAACUUCAAAUUUAAUUCAGCCGUAUUCAACAUCCACAAUUGAAAAUCUUUUGAAACAAAAAGAUAACUCGAAACAGUUUCUUGUCAUAAAAAAUGAUCAAAAAAAAAACGUCUCGUCACUUGCUUGGCCCACAUUCGGAUUUCCUGCGAAACGUUUAGAGGACGAUUGUUAUCAACGAAUAUCCAGGACAAUGAUUUCUGAAGCAGUUUUUCGUGAAUUUUCGGUGAAAAUCUGCAAGAAACUCGCUGUUUCCGACCAGAACCCACCGGGAAUUGUUCGGAAUUCGAUGCAAGAAUCCGGAAAUCGUAUCCAGCUACCAGUUUUGACAGGUUUCUGUCGAUUCCGGCUGGAACCGGAUCCUUUCACCAGAAUACUGCUGCCAUGA